UACAAUGAUCAAUAGUAGUAGGCUAUAUUUAUAAUUUUACAUUAACUUUGAUUAAUACAUUAUGUAAAUACUGCUAAUUGUUAGUUUGUGAUGCCUGUAAAUGAAUCUACAUGAUACUUAUUUCUGUGUAAAUUAAAUGCAGCAUCAGAUCACCCCUUUGUCGCGAUAUUUGUAGUAAGUUUAAUUGCUUCUUAUGGUUUCAUAUGUUUUAUUUAGAAAUUCAUUUUCAUGUAUAAUUUCAUAUUUAAAUGUAAACCAUUUCUGCAGGUGUAAUCUGUUUACCAUGUGUGUCAAAACACUUUGUUUUAUGAAACAUUUUAAUGUAUUUCUUUUUUACUGUUAAUAAAAACGAAUAAAAUUCAUACUGAUACCCAUCCUUUAUAUGCAAAUGAAGGUAUGACAUCAUAUGUUGGGCGUUAAAUGCAGUCAAACUAAAAUGAUUUAACAUUUAUUUAUUUGCGUACUCGGUGAUUGUCUUUAUUCAACCACACGUUCAGAGAGAUGCCUAGAGGCUUUUAUCGGAAACGGAAAAGGAAACUCAAUUUAUUUGGUAUAUAUGCGUCCUGGCUCCUGUUCUGUAGCGUAGUACAUUGGUGCUGAAAAGAAAGCAUGAAAGGUUGGUGCAAACUGCCUUGCUUUUUCUCAUGCGCUAUCUACAAGAUAGAGGCAGAAUCUUAACAGUCGAGCAAACAAUGGGCAAUUUUGCUUUAGUUUCAGCUUGAGUGGGGGGGAGGGAACUUGGGCAACGGCAGACGAUUUGCACAUCAUGCAUGAAGGAGAGGCCAAGAAGAAUGAAACCAAAUCUGAUGUGGCUGACACCGAGGAACAAUCAGUGAAGAGAGGAAUGGGGGAAUUAAUUUCAAAAGGUCUGGCUUUAAACUCCCAAAGCAGAAGUGUGGCAGAACCAUCGCCUGUAGCCACUAAUGUCCUUCCUGACUCCUUGCCCUGCAAUGCUGUGGAAAAAGAGAGAGAAAAAAGCUCCUGUGAAGUAAAUGUAGAUAAAUUUCCACAGCAAUUAAACUCUGAUACACAGAAAUUCUCGGAAGACCGUGAGACAGAUUCUGAUUGUAUUUCCAGCACCACAGAUAAUGAACCAAAAUCACUGCUGCUUAAUGAAAAAUUAAACAAACCACAUACUGACCCUCAAAUGUCUGUUACAACAGAUGAAAUCUCAAGUAGUCAGUCCGAAAAUAAUGAAGUCCAUUGUUCAACUGUCCAGACAUCCGAGGAAACCAUCUUUGAGACGUCCUGCUCUAAUAAAAGUGAUAACCAAUGCAAAAAAUAUUCUGACAAAAAAAUACAUGAGGACACUGCAGAUGUGAGUGUUUUGGACACUGGAAAUCAAGGUGCCUCACCUUCUGACUCUUUAAACGAAAAAGAUGUAACAUUGGAUGAUGCCUUCGAAGAGGCAAAUUCAGAGCACAAUAACCAGAUACUUUCAACUGAAGCCAAUGCUGAGGCAAGAAGUGUGGAGAACACAGAACAUAAACGUGGAUAUUCUUCCUUUUCUCGCGGAAGGCCACGCAAAGAAAAAAACGUUAUCAAAUGUGAAUAUUGUGGGCGCCCUUUCAAUCAUGCCUCAGCGUAUAUUAUUCAUCUGCGUGUUCAUACAGGUGAGAAGCCCUUCACCUGCCAGGAUUGUGGCAAAGCCUUCGCUCAACUCUCCAACCUUCGAUCCCACAGCAAAGUCCAUAAAUCCAAAAGUAGGAAACACAGAAUACAAGAUAGAGCCACACCUGAGAAAAUUGUGGAUGAGAAAGAAAUAACCAUGACCGAUAAACUGGAAGGUGACUGUCAUAGUUAUCAAAUCACCCCUAAAAGGAGAAGGCGAGGAAGAGGGAAAGGGAAAUCCCAAACAUGUCCGAUCUGUGGCAAAGUCUUUUGCUACAAGUCUGUCCUCAAAAUCCAUCUUCGUAUUCACAGUGGAGAAAAACCAUACUCUUGUAAGGUAUGCGGCAAAUCGUUUACUCAAGCGUGCACGGCACGUGUCCAUGAGAGAGUACACUGGUCUAUAAGACCUUACUUCUGUUCAAAAUGUGGAAAGGGAUUUUCUCAGAUAGGGCCAUUAAAAGUACACACUUGUGAGGGUAAAACAAACCCUCAUGCCACCUUGAAAGAAAUGGAAUUGGAUGGUGUUAUCAGCUUCAGGUGUCAUCUUUGCAAAAGUUGCUUUGGCACAAGAGAUGAGUAUGAAUUACAUUUGCAAGGACACACUGAUACCCAGCGUUACAGCUGUGACCGCUGCAAGCAGACGUUUAGUCUUCUUUCAGAGCUACAUACGCACAACAAGCAUUGCAUUUCCAUCCGGCACGCAAAAACAAAGCCUUCUUACAGUUCACCUCACAGAUUACAACCCAAAAACUCCUUGAAAAGAAGAACUCCUCCGAAAAUUUGCAGUGCAAGUCCAGUUAAAUCUCCUUCAAAAGAUUUUUCCUUUCCGAAGAAGCUCAAAAAAUGCUCCUCUUUACUUGCUUGCCCUCUUCAGGUCAUGGGGACCACUGUUUAUGACUCUAAGAAUAAGCUCUAUUCACUCAGUCAGCCCAUCAAAUCCAGCUAUUUUGUAUCUCAACUGAACAGUACGCACCACAAAGCAGAUCCGAGAAAGUACUUCUGCCCACAAUGUGGACGACUAUUCCAGCAUGUAGGAAGACUGAGAGCCCAUAUGCUCACUCAUUCACGGCAUCAAAGCUUCACAUGUAUUGAUUGCAACAGGGUGUUUAAAAACUGGAACAAAUUUUGGAUUCAUCAGAGGCUGCAUAGACAAAAAAGAGGGCGCUUUUUUUGCCCCAAGUGUGGACAGGGGUUUCGAUUUGUGGGACUGUACAAUAAACAUCUGCAGAAGCAUCCAGUACUUAAUGCUCAUACUUGUCCCUUCUGUCCUCACACAUUCUCAAAUGCACAAAAGUUGAGGAACCACCAGCAAGAGUGGCACCACUCAGCUAUGCCCUUUAUUUGUGAUAUUUGUGGAAAAGGUUUCUCAAGCGCGGUUAUUCUUAAGCGACAUGGAGUUGUUCAUUGCACAAAUGAUCCAAUGGAGACGCAUUACACCAAUGACCAUCAGUCCGCUGUGCAUCCUUAUGAAUGCGGUACAUGCAGCGCCAGUUUUGAGAACUUGGACUUGCUUUUCCACCAUCAGCUCCGCCACAAGGCUGUAGAUAAAGGAUCAAUAGCAAUGAGAGGCCAGCUACUUAUGACAAAGGAACACCAAUCUCACCAUCUCCAGCGUCAAAGCUAUGAUUACAGCCUUUGUGGUAAUCAGAGGCAAGAGAAGCUACUCUCAUUCCCCCGUUCAAAUGGAGGAGAAAUGCCUCAUCGGUUAUCACACUUUGGUCCCUCUCACAUACAACUAUCAAAAAAGUCCAAAUCAAACACUGAAGCUCCAAGCACCACCAAAACUAAUUUUCAGAGUAAUGAGGGGCACAUGGUUAAAAAACACACUAAGGACAGUUUUUCAGCAAUUGAAGAAUUAAAUGGUUCAAGCCGGUCACCGUCCAUAUUGAAAAAUGAGGACACAACUGGUGACUUAAUUUGCACUGAAUGUAAUGCUUGUUUUUCCAACCUUAUAGAACUGCAUGGACAUUACUUGGAACAUGCCCGAGGAGAAAUAUAAAUAUUCUGUAAACGUUUUCUUUUCUUUUUUUCAUUGAGUGUGUGAUUAACAUUUGCAUGGUAAUCACAUACUUCUGAAACUUGUGAAAAUGUUUGUUGUAUAUUUGUUUUUCAUUUGUGCUAUCAUUAUUGAUGUGCUGAUACCCAAUUAAAAAAUAUAUAUAUAUACAUAUGGACUAGAAAUUCCCUGUAAUGGACAGUAUUGUUUUAUUUAUCAAUCCUAUUGUUGAGUUAGAUAUCUGUUAGUGUUGGUGCUG